AUGGAUAUUCUGACGCACAGCGUGGACUUCGCACUCCAUCCUCUGGCAUGGCCCAUGCUGGCCAACACGGAGGCAAGCGAGGGUGCAGUGCCAGGUGGAAUGUCUUUACCCAAGGGGGUCACACCUGUGGGAGCUGGCAUCGUGGCCGUGGUCGUCAUCAUUGCCAUUUCGGUGAUUUCCAUCUUUCUUGGCGCGCUCCUGGCGCAGAAGAACACGGCGACUGGCAAGAUCUUCAAGCUUGCAGCCAGCGAGUACAAAAUCCUCAUUCCGGCCACCUUCAGCCUUUAUCUCAACAGUGCAUUGUUCAUGCUUCUGCCGUAUUAUGGUGGACGAUUCGUCGAAAUGGUCGGCCGGCCGGCAGGAGUGUCGAUGGAUGCGCUAAACCAGGUGACAGCCGAAAUCCUGGUCGUUGCCGUCGCUUCUUCACUCACCUCCAUGAUCCGAGGUGCUUUGUUCGUCCUCGCCGGCGAGCGCAUCGUCUGCGAGCUGAGGAAGCAGGUUUUCCGAGCUCUGCUCCGCCAAGAGAUUGCCUUCUUCGACGUGCAGACAACUGGGGCAUUGGUGUCCCGGUUGACAAAUGAUACCGGCACUUUGCAGAAUGCCGCGAGCUCGAACAUCUCCAUUUUCCUGCGCAGCAGCGCGAGCCUGCUGUUGUCCGUGAUCGUGAUGCUCGUGACUUCUUGGAAACUGACCUUAGCUAUGCUGGUCACAGUGCCAGUCGUUAGCAUUUUAGCCGUGUUCAUGAGUCAGAUCUCCCAGCGCGUGAGCAAGAAGUACCAGGAUGAGACUGCAGAAGUCGGAAAUCUGGCCUCAGAGACUUUUGGCAAUCUUCGCACAGUCCGUGCGUUCAGCUCCGGAGAAAAGCUGAUGGACAAGAAGUAUUGUGCUGCAAGUGAUCUCGUCUACCGAUAUGGUCGACAGCGAUCGAUGAUCUACGGAGCAUGGUCUGGCGUAGUCGGCAUGCUCUUCUUCGUGGCUUUCACCAUUGUGCUUCGGUACGGUGCGACCCUCGUCCACGAGGGAGAGAUGACCUCCGGGCAGCUGAUCUCCUUUGUGCUCUACACGGAUGCAGGGGACGAGGCAGACCUGUUCGAGACCACGACGAACAAGCACAUCGAAAAGUCUGGCAAGACUGGAGCGUUCUUGGGCUGCUGGGUGUCAAUGGUUCUUGGACCAGACAGUGCACUCUCUGCAAGCCCAUCCAUGCUCGAAGCGUACGCUGCAAAUCUUGAGCCGAUUAGCCGCUGUAUCGACUAUGUGAUGUGGAUGCUGCCGCACUCUUCUGUGUACAUCAUGGGCUUUUCCUUCCUCCACGAAGUGCUGAGUUUCACGAAGUUCAAGAUCUACUGCUCCGAAGACGGCUCUGCGUGGCACGAGGUGUUUUCCUCCAACCGACAAAUUCCCAAGGGCGAAGUCGUCGUAUGCAAGAGGCUACCUCACAUGGUGAGGCUUUCAACGGCCCGAAAUGUGCGUCUGCAUACGAGCAUCAUCGACUACAACGUCGUCAUCACAGCCUGCGGCAGAGGAGGCCAAUGGCGAGGUGCCAGAGGCUUCCUUCGCCUCCUCCGCCUGCGCGGCCUGCGCAGCAGCCUUGUGUCCUUCAACGCGGCCAGCAGCGCUUGCGAGCGAGGCAGCGCCUGGCAGUGGUCUUUGAGGCUCCUGGCCGACUUGGCAGCAUCUCAUCAUCGCCCUGACGAA